CUGAACGCAGCGGCGGAUGGAGAGGGAGAGCCCAGAGCGCAUGGGUCAUCUUCAGCGGGAGGCAGUCAGGUGUGGUCGGUUGCGCGGUGACUUACACUCCGCUACCCGGGAUCCAGAGAUCCGGAGGCGGGCUGCAUAGCGACCAAACCAGCGCCCACCGCCCCUCCACGGACACGAGCCGCGGAAAGAGCAACGACAACGCCAAUUUCUUUUUAAAACUGGACCAAAGGAAGUAGCAGCAGCAGAAGAAGAACCAAAGCCGGAGGAACUGAUUGCCUCCACCCUGCGAAUGUGAACACCUCCCAAAACAGGAAGCAGUUUACUUUUUAAAAAGGGACGCACUUUAAAACUCGUCACAUGACUCUUGUGUUGCAAGAUCUCCCUGCGUUUGUGGAAAAGGGCGAGACUCCACUGCACAGAUGAGCUGGAGUGGAAAUAGCCCGUAGCUGUGUAAUGGUGUUUAAACUGGACUGUAGUUAACCACACAGAAUGGACCGUGCAUGGACAGGUCUUCUGCACUCACACAACACUGGAAACUCCAAAAUCCUGCUGCUCACUGGAAAGGCGGCCAUGUUGCACUGGGAAUAAAACUGGGAGUAUUUUUGGACGGAUUGUGGUGCUGGAGGUCAGUGCGAUCGAUAAAGGAAAAAGGAGGAGCAGGAAAAUCCCAUAUUUCUGCGUUACUUUGGUGAUCCAAUGGCAGGGAAAGACUACAACCACCUCUUCAAACUUCUCAUCAUCGGAGACUCAAAUGUGGGGAAAAGCAGCCUCCUCCUUCGCUUCGCAGACAACUCUUUCUCUGGCAGUUACAUCACGACGAUCGGGGUGGACUUUAAGAUCCGGACGGUGGACGUAAAUGGAGAGAGGGUCAAAUUGCAGAUUUGGGACACGGCCGGACAGGAACGCUUCAGAACCAUCACCUCAACUUACUACAGAAACACACAUGGAGUGAUCAUCGUUUAUGACGUGACAAACCCAGAGUCGUUUGUGAAUGUGAAGAGAUGGCUCAACGAAAUCUCGCAAAACUGUGACAACGUCUGCAAGAUCCUGGUGGGAAACAAGAACGAUGACCCCUCCAGGAAGAAAGUGGAAACACAGGAUGCGGUGAGGUUUGGUGAAUCAGUCGGCGUGCGUGUGUUUGAGACCAGCGCCAAAGAAAACAUCAACGUGGAGGAGAUGUUUAUGGAGUUCACUCACAUGGUUCUUCGAGCCAAAAUCCAGAGUCAGAACCGAGCGGAGAGAGAGCGAGAGAGGGAGAGAGACACCGUGAACAUCAAUGCACAGAGGGACCGAGACCGGAGGAAGAGAGGCAAGAAGUGCUGCUGAGGUCCAGGCUGAGAUCUGGGUCUAGACCAGGGCAGAGAUCUGGACUAAGACCAGGAUUUAGACCUGGAGACUGGAGCGCAAGAGGGAGACAUGUGAAUAUCAGCGCACAGAGAGAGUGAGACUGGAGGAGGAGAGGCAAGAAGUGCUGUUGUUUGGCUGAAAUCUAGGUCUAGACCAGAACUGAGACCAAGACUUGGAUCUUGACUAGGACUAAGACUGGAGCACGAGAGGGAGAGAGAGAGAGAGAGAGACUGCAGAAAGAGGGGCAAGAAGUGAUACAGAAGUUCAGGUCAAGACCAGGGACCGGGACCAAGACCUGGGUCUAGACCAGUACCUGGACUAAGACCAGAGAAAGAUGAGCGAGAAGGGCUGCCAAAAUCCAGGCUAACACCUGGGUCUAGACCAGGAUUGAGACUAGGAUUGAGACCAGGAUUGAGACCAGGGACCAAGACUAGCUUCAAGAGGGGGAAAACACUGAAGUUUAGACCAGGACUGGGACUAGGAACAAGGCCGCAAUCAGAAGAAGAGGGGCAAAAAUGCUAUUGAAGUCCAGACCAAGACCUGGGUCUAUAUCAGGACUUGGAAAGGAUAAAGGUUAGCACCAAGGGAGACAUGAAGUGCAUCUGAGGCCAGGUCUAGACCAGGACCAGAGACCGGGGCUGGAUUUUACAGCAGGGAUUGGUGUUAAUUUUAAUGUUUAAAGUAAAAAAAAAACAAAAAAAAAAUUAUUAUUGAUCUCCUGCUUAGCCAUCUCACUUCACCUCCAGACCUCCUCCAGCGCUUUUUCUGACACAUCACAACGUCAGAACCUCUGAUAUCAAAUGUUCAAAAUGGUUGCCACACAACAUCUUGAGGUUUUCUUCUAGAAAAUACAAUGUUUUCGAAAAUGGACACCAGUAAUCACCAUUUACAACCAUGACAAAAAAUCCUGGAAUCCCUGUAUCCACUGCUAUUAGGAAAACUAUUUGUCUACGAGUAAACUUCAGUAAUGGAAUAAGUGUUAAUGAGAAUACCUGGGACUAAACUGGGACUAAACUGGAACUAACCCAGGACUCGAUGUGGUUCAAACCAGGAUUAAAGCAGCACCUCACCCGGACUGAAGCUGAGAGUUUCAGCAUGGAUCCUGCAGUGCCAAAGGACCAGUUUGUUUGUCUUGUUUCUUUGUUUACAUAGAUUUUAAUUGAAUAAAAUCUUAAUCUUUUUAAUGUACUUUCACCAUCUGAUUAACCACUCUAACCACAGAAAGGAGACCAAAGGGUUAACUCUGUUCAAGUCUGAGCUAUUUCAAACCAAUUUAUUUUUUAUUGACUGCUAAUCACAAUAUUAACCUUGACAUUAUCUCAUGUUUAUUCACUUAAAGAUGCACUAUGUAACUUUUCUGGUGGAAGAUUCAUGAUAUGCUUGUGUCUAAGGAGAUGCUUUACCUGAAAUUUUAUCACAGUAUGGCAUUAAACGCAUCUGUCGUGCAUUAAUUCAAUUACAACAUGGUGUUUAAUUGGUGAAAAAGAUUGUUACUGAGUUGAGUCACCUCUUCACAGAUCUGACCUGUAACUUUGCCUGGCGUUGUCUCCAUGGAGAUAAGAUCAGUUUACUGCCAAGCUAUGGACCAUUCCAGGCAAAGCAAUGACAUCUAGAAAAGUUACAGAGCGCAUCUUUAAUGUGGCAAGAUUCUCCCUUAAAAAGUGCACUCUGACUUUUCUGGUGGAGGAUCUGACAUCUGCUUGUCUCCAUGGAGAUGUUGUUGCUUUGUCUGGAAUGUCCCGGUAUGGCAUUAAACAUAUCCAUCUUGCAUUUACUCAGUAACACAGUGGGCUCACCUCUCCAUAGAUUUGACCUGUAACUUGGCUCUGUGGUGUCAUCUGCUGUCUACAUAGAGAUAAAUAAGUGUAAUGCCAUACUGUGGAACAUUCAAGACAAAAUCUCUGAAGUGAAGCUGGUGACGGACCCUCCCGCCAAGUUACACAGUGCACCUUUAAGGAUAGUUGAAAUAUAGUCACUAUCAAAACUCCUGUAACUGUACUGUAUUCAAAAGUUGAGUCAGUUUGAGACAUUUUCCCCCCAAAAUCUCAAAUAUUUAGGCCAAAAUUAGGUAUGUUUGUGUUUUGUUUUUUUAUUAGAAUGCCUCUGGAGGUAUAAGGAACAGUGUGCUUGGCCUAACAGGUAUCCACACUUCAAACUCUGACCCUGCAGCCAGGUCUUUGUAAUGAAACACUUGCCUUUACUCAGUGCUGUCCUGUGUGAUGUCACAUAGUACUUGAAAUAGCAGUGGCCACUGGAGGAAAAAGACAGUUGCAGAUUUACCUAGUGCGCACUGAAGUUGCCGAUAAUGCCUUUAAAAAUUCAUAUACAUAGUGAUGUAGUGAUGAUGUCCACCUAAAUGAUGCCAAAUUCAAAUCCAUUAAAGAGACUAGUUCAGUUGUGAAAAGGGAAGUAAGUUAUAACUUUGUGCCAAUGUUAAUGAGCCUUGCAUCAAUAAACUAAACCACCGCUGCCUGUUUGUUCAACCCAGAGCAAUAAACCUGUGAUUGUAUUGACUACAA